AUGAGCAGUCCGCGGCGCGGUUCGCGCAUGCGCCGCAAGCCCACGCCCAUCUAUCAGACAGAAGACACGCGUGUCAAUGGUGAAGAGUCCACCGCUAACGAAGAACAGCAAGACGCAGUGCUUGCCGACGAACGGGGCGAGGACAGCAGCGAUGAAGAACCACAUGCUGACGACGACGAGGAGUUUGCGCCAUGUGGCACGAGAGCUCCGAGUACGGCCAAAGCGGCACAGACGCCAAGCAGUAACGCAAGGCCCAGUAGACGCAAGCGCUCGCCGUGGAGUCAAACGAGAAGCUCAAGAUCAGCUCAAGGGAGCCGGAGAACUACUAAAAGCGCUGCAGCACAAGUGAAAGAUUUGGGGAUUGCGACGGGACCCCCAGGCAGUGACAGCGGUCCAAGUCACGACAACGGCAUCUCGUUAUUUGAGGCUGUCAAGGGCGGCAAAGCGUCGCUGGAAAAGCUGCUGAGCGAGUGGCGUGAGCGCUUUGAGCACGACAGCGACAGGGCAACGAAGGAAGUGCUGGAACUCGUGCUACAGGCCUGUGGAAGCACGAGUUCACGUCUUGGUCGAUUGGUGUCUGUGGCUGAACUGGAUCUAGAAGACGUGACGAGUCACGUACAAGAGGAUCUGGACGAUGCGAACGGAGAGUAUUGGAUCAUGUCUCGUGGGAGAGGCAUUAAGAAAUUUCAGCGCCAUUUCGAGGAGUUCUGGGAAGCGUUUGUGAACGAAUGCUAUGAAAGCGAUCUUUUGUUCACGUCCGACGUUGUUACGAAGUUUGUGGAUUGGCUGACGGUUCUGUCAAGAUCUGAACUUCGGCCUAUACGACACACGUCAGCUGUUGCUAUCUUGGCGCUAAGCGUUGCAUUGGUGCGUACGGCAGCGAGCAUUUCUGAACAACUAGCGAUUGCGAAGAGACAACUCAAGGCCGAGACAAACUCGCCUGUCGCGGCUACGCCUGGUAGCGCCCGCAAAAGCCCGAACGUCCAUAAAGUAGCACUGCUGAAGGAUAACGAGGCGCUGUAUGAGAACCGACUACAGCAGGUUCUGAAGCUCGUCAACUCGAUAUUCACCGAAGUAGUCGUGCACCGGUAUCGUGACGUGAUGCCGGAGAUUCGUGUGGUGAGCGUACAAUGCCUGGGCCACUGGAUCACCAUUCUGCCCGACCAUUUCUUGAAGGACAAUUUUUUGAAAUAUCUUGGCUGGUGUUUGAGCGACAAAGCAGCUUCAGUUCGCCUCGAAGUAGUUGCGAUAUUGUGCGAGCUAUACGAGAAGGAUGCGUUCACGGAGAGAUUGGAGUUAUUCAACUCUCGCUUCUUGCCCCGUUACAUGGAACUCUGCAACGACGUGGACAACGCUGUUGUGGAGGAAAGCAUUCAUCUCCUGAUUGCAAUCGACAAACACAGUCUCAUCAGCUCUGACGUAGAGCUUCCAGCUGUGGAAAAACUGGUGUUCGACGCUGAGCGUGACAGCAUUCGCAAGGUUGCUGCGGAGUUUGUGUGUCUUCAGUACGAUGCAUUUGGUAUUGCGGUGUCAAAGACGAAAAAUGCACAGCUGAAGAAAGAGCAGCUCAAUACGCAGGCAAUUGCUCUGGUAGAAUUUGCGGAAGAAUAUAUUCAGAGUCAUGGUAUACCAGAGAGCGCAGUGGAGACGCUUGUUGAUGCUUUCUGGGAGCUGGAUGAUUGCCUUGUGCUUCGGGACUGGAGGCUGAUGACGGACUUGCUUUUAGUGGACAAGAGCGCGCCAGACCUGAGCUGCAAGCAGCAGACUAUCUUGCUACGGCUUCUUGUUGCGUCCGUAAGCAAGCUUGUGGAAAAUAGCACGAACCGAGGUGCAGGUGCUGCUACUAAACGAGAAUCUGAGCAGUUGCAAGAAGAGAUCACCGUUGCGUACUGCAAAGACAUUCCUAGCUUGUUCGUUAUGUACCAAGCUGACUCCGACAAGCUGUCAUUGCUUUUGCAACUUAUUCCGAUGCUGUCACUGAAGAGCGAGAUUAUUGGUCAUCAUAGCAACCAUGUCAAGGAGCUUCUGGAGAAGCUGAAACACGCAUUCUUGUUGCACUCUGAUGAAGAGUUGCUUUCAAGUUUGUCGCUCUCCGUAGCCCACCUGCUGCAGACCGAGCAUACUUCAUUGAAACGAGAGGUUGAGGCGACCAUGCACGAGCUAGUGCAAGAAAUCAUGGACAAAUUGGAUCGACUCCUGGAAUCUGAUCUGAAGCUGUACGACACAUUUGCGACUGCUGGCGACGGCACGCCCACAACGAGAAACAAAGGGGCUAGAAGUGGAAAGAAGAAAAGUGCGACGGUCAAGCAACUGUCGGACGUCGAGUAUGCUCUGCGCAUUGCUCUGUGUCGGCUCAAGUGUCUGGUGAGACAUGUGAAUAUCCGAGGAUAUAUUCCCCCGGACUCAUCGUCCAUACUGGACAAAACUGGCCGAACGGCCGCUUCGGAUCCACAGCAAGGACAGAUGGAAAAGCUUGUCAGAGCGAUUGGCGAUUUGUUGUGUCGGCGUACUAGAUCGGUCUCCGAGUUACACGAAGAAUUUCGUCAUCUUGACACAAUCAAGCACGGCCUGACGAUACUGUUUUUCGACUUGUUGUGGAUCACCUUGCCGAUAUUUGAGACCGCUGCGGAAAAGAAGACGCGUGAUUCCUCCGGCAAUACGAGGGAUGAUGCCGAAGCCAAGGUGGACCUUUCCACUCAGGUUCAGAUCCAGGAAGUAUGCCGAUCGCGGUCUACGCUUGAGGAGGCGUUGAUUUCAGUGCUGGAGAUGCACCUGGCUAGACCUGAUAAAGCUCGUGAUGACAAGCACGAGCGAACGGAAGAAGCUUCUGAGCGUCAGCUGAUGGAGUCGAUGGAAGAAAUGGACUUUGAAGGCGAAGAUGUGGCAGUAUUCGUGGAUGAUGCCCAAUCUUUUGCAUUCAUCACGUUUUGCGAUGCGCGUUGUUUGUUUGUGGAAAAGUUUCAGGAGGCAACAGCGCCGUACGACGCACUCGAUUGGACGUUGCCAAAGGUGCUCGUUCUGCUUACGCAAACAUUCUUCGAACGGAAGAUGGAUGAAGCCGAAGAAAGAGAACCAGAAUAUGAAGACGAUGUCGUUCAGAACGACCCUGCUAUGUUGAAGGAAAAAAUGGAUGCUAUGCGCGAGUGGGACCAAAAGCAGCAACGAAAAGCUGAGCUGCUGGUUGCGCUCGGCCGAGUUACACUUUGUAACCCGAGCAAGAAACAUCAGGCUGCGGCGGUUCUGCAGUACUUUACGUCAAGCGGUAAGCUUAGUGUCGAGGUGGUAAAGGCCUACGGAAAGCAAGUGAAAGCAGACGCUCCCGUGCGUUACCUCGAAAUUCAAAUGACGUCUCUUCGCCAACUGUAUAGCUCGAUCCUCUUAUGGAAGCAAAACAUUGAAGCGGCUGAACCAGGGAACGAUAGCGACCAGGUGUCGGAGGAAGAUGAUCUACAGGAUAAGGUGAACAGCAGUAAGCAGGAGUUGAAAGAGCUGGCCAGGAGGUUCAGCCAAUCUCUUGGCGUGGGGAAGGUCUCAGCAUCACUGCGGGUGCCAUUUUUGCGAUUUCUACGCGAAGGUAUUCGAUAUGCUUUGGAGCAGCCGACGCAGUUCGAGUUUCUGGAAGCUAUGCGCGUAUACCUCACGCAUCUGGACAAACCGAGUAUGGCACAGCUAAGUGCUUAUUUUAUAGACCAACUGCAAAGAGUCCGCGACACUCGUGACGGCAGUGGCGAACUGGAUCCCAGGUGGCGGGCUGUAUUGGACUUCCAGUCAUCCAUCUCUUCCACCGGUAGUACAAUAGGAAAGACGCAAAUGGCAACUGAAGUCAUGCACUCGCCUCCGCUGAAAAGCAAGCUGCGGUCUGCAAGCUCUGAACCUACGCCGAUGCAGACCACAUCUAUUGCAGAGGAGGUUGAAGAUGAGAACACACGUGAUGAAGGCAAAGAAAGGGAAAGUAUUGCCGGCAAUCAAAGCGAUCUGACGAUGACUGCAGACGGUAGCAAGGUCGACCAUGAUCAUCGACAAGAGCGAUCGGUACAUGAAGUCAAUAGUGCGGCUGAUGACAAUACGAAGUCGACGCAGUCAUUGCAAAAUCGAAAGCGACCCCGAGACGAACGCAUUGAGAAGCCGGUCGCUUACAGCAACGUGUCGAAGCAGGGCGGAGGUGAGAGUGAGCAUCGCACUGUUGCAGAACAGGAUGAUGGUGCGCCAUCUCGAAGCGAUCAGGACGUGCAGCCGACUAAACGCAAAGAGAGAGGCAACAAUGAGAAAGGUGCAGAGGAGAGUGUGUGGAGAAGUCGGCGUAAACGACCUCGAGCGUGA